AUGAAUAAAGGAUUUAACUUGACUGGUGGAGAGCACGCGGCCACUGUAACACAUCCACUUCCUGCGGCCUUCUCCGACCUGCUGCCACACUUCCUGGUGGAGCCUGAUGAUGUUUAUAUCGUUAAGAACAAGCCAGUGACCCUCACCUGCCGCUCAACCCCUGCCACUCAGAUCUACUUCAAGUGCAACGGCGAAUGGGUUCACCAGGAUCAGCACUUGAUCGAGCGUGACGUGGACCCUGCCACAGGACUGCCGGUGAUGCAGGUGAAGAUUGACAUCUCCAGACAGCAGGUGGAGAAGAUCUUCGGUCUGGACGAUUACUGGUGUCAGUGUGUGGCCUGGAGCACUACAGGAACCCAGAAGAGCCAAAAGGCAUAUGUGCGCAUCGCCUAUCUGAGGAAGAACUUUGAGGAGGAACCGCUGGGUAAGGAAGUGGCACUGGAUCAGGAAGUCCUUCUGCGCUGUCAUCCUCCUGAAGGUGUUCCUCCUGCAGAGGUGGAGUGGCAGAGAAAUGAGGAGCUGAUCGACCCCAAGACUGACCCCAAUUUCUUCAUCACCGUGGACCAUAAUCUCAUCAUCAAACAAGCCCGCCUGGCCGACACAGGCAACUACACCUGCGUGGCCAAGAACAUUGUGGCUCGACGAAAGAGCUCCUCGGCUACUGUGAUUGUCUACGUGGACGGAGGUUGGAGCGAGUGGAGUAAAUGGUCGCCAUGUGGAGCCGACUGUACCAUGUGGAAGAGCAGGGAAUGUACCCAACCUACACCCAGCACGGGUGGGAAAGAAUGCCAGGGGCUGGAUCUCCAAUCUCUCAACUGCACCAGUGAGCAGUGCCCACAGACGGCAUCGGGUGCUGAGGAUGUGGCCUUGUACGUGGGGAUCGUAGCGGUGGCUCUUUGUCUGACUCUGCUGCUGAUUGUGCUGGUGCUGGUCUACCGCAGGAAGAAGGAAGGUCUUGAUGCAGAUGUGGCCGACUCCUCCAUCCUCACCACUGGCUUCCAGCCCAUGGGCAUCAAGCCCACCAAGCCAGGUGUGUGGGCACCGCGUAGGGCAGCCCGCAGCAAAAACUCUCAUUUGCUCACCAUCCAGCCCGAUUUGACCAGCACCACCACAAGUUACCAGGGAACGCUGCGUUCUCGCCACGAAGUCACCGGAAAGUUCUCCGUGAGCAACGGCCCCCUCCUGGAGCCUCUUCCUAACGGCUCCCAUACGCUGCACAACGGCAAACUACCCAGCGACCCCAAUGAUUUCAUGAACCGCCUGUCCUCUCAGACGUAUUUUAAAACGCUACCGAGAGACAACGUAAAUACGUCUUACGGAACUUUCAAUUUCCUGGGUGGUCGCCUAACCCUCCCUAACACUGGGAUCAGCCUGCUCAUCCCGCCAGAGGCCAUUCCCAGAGGGAAGAUUUAUGAGAUUUAUCUCACCAUUCAGAAGAAGGAAGACAUGAGAUUGCCCCUGGCUGGGUGUCAGACGUUGCUGAGUUCCGUGGUGAGCUGCGGACCACCCGGUGUGAUGCUCACCCGGCCGGUCAUCCUCAGUAUGGACCAUUGCUCUGAUGCGUGCCUGGAGAAUUGGACCAUCCGUCUCAAGAAGCAGUCAUAUGAGGGAAUGUGGGAGGAUGUACUUCAGCUUGGUGAGGAAGUGGUAUCGGAGCCGUACUACUGCCAGCUGGAGGCGGAGACGUGCCGGGUGUUCACUGAGCAGCUGGGCCGCUUUGCUCUGGUCGGGGAGUCCCUCAGCAUGGCUGCUUCUAAACGCUUAAAACUGCUGCUGUUUGCUCCCGCCUACUGCUCUACACUGGAGUACAACAUCCGCGUCUACUGCAUGGACGACACACAGGACCUGCUAAAGGAGGUGAUGCAGAUGGAAAGACAGCUGGGAGGUCGACUGAUUGACGAGCCUCACGUCCUGCUCUUCAAAGACAGCUACCAUAACCUGCGCCUCUCGAUUCACGACAUGCCCCAGGCACACUGGAGGAGCAAACUUCUCGCCAGCUAUCAGGAGAUCCCAUUCUAUCACAUCUGGAGCGGCUCUCAGCGGACCCUGCACUGCACCUUCACACUGGAGAGACAGAGCCUGAGCACCUGUGAUCUCACCUGCACGCUGUGUGUGUGGCAGGUAGAAGGAGAAGGACAAAGCUUCACCCUGGACUUCAACAUCUCGAAGGACAUCAGACCACUGGACUCUGAUUUCCUGUUAAUGGACAACUGCACCCCUGCCCUGGCUGGUCCGAGCGCAUUCCAGAUCCCUUACCUCAUCCGACAGAAGAUCUGCAGCAGUCUGGACACCCCCUGUCCCAAUGGAGCAGAUUGGAGACUACUGGGCCAGAGACUGAAGCUUGACAGAAAAGGUGUACUUUUGGAGGUGGAGUGGGAUGAGGAGGGACAGCUAAAAUACUUCAUCCAAAUAGCUUGUUAUCCAUUCCGACAUCUGGCAUCGGUGGUUGUAACAGUUCACAAGCUGCUUCCAGUUGAAUGA